AACCUUCAAUUUGACCUUCGUACUGCCACGCCACAAUGCACCUCCUUAUACAUACAGUGGCUGUGGCGCAGAGCUACUCUCGGCCUUUGAUCUGGCGCCCGAACCUGUGGCUGACCUGAUCCGAUGUACGAAUAUCGUCGCUGAACCAUGUAAACGCACCAAAAUAAGAGACUUGGCAAAGAGCAGGUUUGUACGAUUGUAGGCACAGAACAUGCGCGACCAGGUACCUGGUGACGAAAACCUAUGCUGUGCUUGAAGAACAUCUACGCGGCCUCUUCAGGUGAAUCUCUACAAGAGCUGCGUUUCGUCGGUAGCCAGAAAUGUUUCUCACCACCUACCUUCGCUUCUCAUUCGCUUUCUGUUUCCAAUUGUCUCCAACAUGCGUCACUCGUUGUUCACAACACCGCUAGCUCUGGCUGUGGCCACUAGCGCGGCUACUCUCGAGGAUCUCUGCACUGUGGAGAACGUGCAGUCCGCCCUUCCUGCUGAUGGGACUAUCCUAGGUAUCGACUUGCUGCCCGAUACUGUCACCGCGGCCGCUGUAUAUAAUGCAUCAACUGGGGGAGGCAUGAUGAAGAGGCAAGCUGGAGGGUCGACCAGCAGCGCCACCUACUCUUACUGCAACGUUACAGUGUCUUACACUCACACGGGCAAGAACGAUACGAUCCCGGUAAUCUUUGCUCUGCCACAACCUUCCGAUUUCAAGAACCGCUUCUAUCUUGGCGGUGGUGGAGGCUUCUCACUCUCUAGCUCUGCUACGGGUGGCCUCUCCUAUGGAGCCGCAUCUGGUGCUACCUCGGCCGGGUACGAUGCGUUCAACAACGCCUACGACGCGAAGGUCCUCUACGGCAACGGAUCUAUCAACUGGGAUGCCACUUAUGCCUUCGGCUAUACUGCGCUUGGAGAGCUUACUUCAAUCGGAAAGCCUCUAUCACAAGCAUUCUAUGGAUCCGGUAAUGGCACGAAGCUGUACACAUACUUUGAGGGCUGCUCGGAUGGUGGCAGAGAAGGAAUGAGCCAGGUCCAGCGAUGGGGAGAAGAGUACGACGGUGUGGUCGCUGGAGCCCCCGCUUUCCGCUUUGCACAGCAACAAGUUACCCACGUGCUUUCAUCCGCCAUUGAGCAUACUAUGGACUACUAUCCUCCGCCGUGCGCUUUGAAGAAGAUCGUCAACGCAACCAUCGAUGCUUGCGAUUCACUUGAUGGGCGUACUGAUGGUGUCGUGUCUCGAACAGACCUUUGCAUGCUCAACUUCAACUUGAGCUCCAUUGUGGGCGAGGCCUACUAUUGUGCUGCGCAAUCCAGCACUUCCCUCGGCUUCGGUUUCAGCAAACGUCAAGCAGGCCCAGCUGGUAGCACUACAUCGUAUCAGCCUGCGCAGAACGGCACUGUCAAUGCCAACGAUAUCGCUGUCGCACAGGGCAUCUACGAUGGGCUGUUCAACUCUCAGGGCCAGCGCGCGUAUGUUGGAUGGCAGAUUGGUUCCGAGCUCAGUGACGCCACCACAACUUGGGACAACGACACCAACUCCUGGGCACUCAGCAUUCCCUCUACGGGCGGUGAGUACGUGACCAAGUUCGUACAGCUACUCAAUCUCGACAAUCUUUCGGAUCUCGAAGGCGUCACGUACGACACGCUAGUUGACUGGAUGAACACGGGCAUGAUCCGCUACAUGGACAGUCUCCAGACCACGCUCCCAGACCUCAGGCCCUUCCAGUCUUCCGGUGGAAAAUUGCUGCACUACCAUGGCGAGUCGGACCCUAGUAUUCCUUCUGCUUCCUCCGUGCACUACUGGCAGUCCGUCCGCUCGAUCAUGUAUGCCAAUGCUACCGACGAGGAAGCUCAAGAGGCUAUGUCCGACUGGUACCAGUUCUACCUUAUCCCUGGGUACGCUCACUGCGGCAGCAACUCGCUUCAGCCCAACGGUCCAGCUCCCCAAGAUAACAUGGCGACAAUCAUCGACUGGGUAGAGAACGGCAUCAAGCCAAGCCAUUUGAACGCUACCGUGUCGUCGGGCGACUAUGCGGGUGAGGUCCAGAAGUUGUGCCAGUGGCCUCAGCGGCCGAAGUGGUCCGGCAACAGCACCGACUUCGAGUGUGAGACCGAUGAGGCUUCGAUCGAGAGCUGGACGUACACUUUCGAUGCGUUCAAACUGCCUGUGUACUAGAGCUCGACUGUUGACGCCAUCGGCGCACAGGAAAGCAUGUCAGCACUGUUCGCUUGUGUGUGGCUCACCCAGACGCAACACGUAGCGAACAUCUCGGUCCUGGAUGUUUACUGAGCUACACGAGAACCCAUCCAUCUUGUCUUUCUGCAUAGAUUUUCUUCCACGCCAUUUUUGUUCUACCCUACAAAUUUAUUUUUACUUGUAAAUAGUAAGCUAGGCGCCUGUAUAUAUACGCUCUCGCUGCAUCAUGGCCAUACACUGCGAAAUACCAAAUCAAGUCUUCCGUUUGCAUGCCACGCAUUC